AUGCAGCACCUAUUUUGUAUGGCCGAAGAAAUUCGUAAUGCUCGACUUGUUCGUCAGGUACGCGGAGGUGGGAGCGGUGGCGGUGGUGGUGGUGCUGCUGGUGGGACGGGAGUAACAAGUAGUCUGAUCACUGAUCAAUGGGACCAGUCCAAAUCAGACGGCUAUCGAUUAACACAGUCCAUUCCGGACGGUAGUUUUGCCAGCGGAAGUCGCAUCCUGCUUGGAAAUGCAUCAAUCACCUUAGAUCCAUAUAAUUCGGCCGCCGGCGGUCCAGGNGGUUCCGAUAUGCUCGUCAAUCCGAAUUGUGGGCCAGGGGGGAUGAUGAUCUCUGGUGCAUUCAGUGAUACGAAUUCGAACACAACGGCAGGAGUUGAUGUGCAUACUCGAUAUCUACCAGACGGUCGUGUGGCUACCCUUCAGUCGGGUUCCGCAUUCUCUCUGGUCACUAAUGCUGGAAUGCAAGGGAACCCUGGUGGCGGUGCGGGCGGUUCCGAUCGUCGUUCGAAGACAUCCUCAUUGAUCAUGGUGCCCGGGCAACAAGUUGUUCAACUAUGGGGUUCACCGCCUGGACAAAAACAUUUGAUUACCACCGUUCCGGCUGGUUACUACAUACAAUCGAACCAAGUAGAGAUAGCCGGUUCCCAAGCAAUGGGUUCCGAUGGCCUUGGAUCAUGUCUGGGGAGUAUGGGUCAGCCAGACAACAGUGUGCUUGAACCGUAUCAGCCGUCCUCGUCCGGGAUUAGUACACUCCGUCGGAACAGUAGUAGUAAUAAAGAACCGUUACUCGGCCCCCAAGAGAUUGGAAGCCGAUCUCCACAAGGAACCGCACUACAACAGCAACACCUUCAACAACAACAACAACAACAACAACAACAACAACAACAGCAGCAGCAGCAGCAGCAACAACAACUACAACUACAACAACAAAAACAAAUACUGGGAUCACCCGAAAUGGCCUCCGGUCCGCUCCUAUCUGCCCCCAUGGAAACCAUGCUCGUUUUAAAUCGCAGUCAACCAAUGGGAUCAUCUCAACCGCAGCUAACUUCCGCUGCUAUGAUGACGCGUCUCAACGGUUCAAAUUCGAAUCCACAACUGGUUCACAAUUUCACUCCGGUCUAUGCAUUGGUCGGCGGCGCUUCGAUAUCACACUCGGAUAGUGGAACCGGGUCCGGUAGUGGACAGCUACACAGUGGUGACAGUCAGUCAGGUUUGGUUCCUGUUCCGGGUGGUCCAAAAAUGCAAACCAAUGGGAAUGAGAGUUUGAUCACCAUGAGCAACGGGAUUCAGGAAUGUGAUCCAGGUAUUCAUACUACUACUACUAUUACUACUACUACUACUACUACUAUUAAUAAUAAUAAUAAUAAUAAUAAUAAUAAUAAUGAUAGCACCGCUACUAAUAUUGUACCUUCCAUUUCAAAGUGA